AUGCCCUGGUUUAUGACAGUUUGGGAUUCAAAGAACUACCCUAAGCAUAGUUUUAUCCUUUGGCUAGCUGUUCUUAACAGAUUGCAAACCAAAGAUAGACUUCUUAGGAGAGGCAUUAUUCAAUCUGCACAAUGUUGCUUAUGCUCUUCAGCUCAGGAAUCUCGUAGCCAUCUUUUCUUUGAAUGUUACUUCUCAUCUGGUGUAUGGAAUAACAUCUUGGAUUGGCUUCAAUUCAGAUGGAAGGCUUGUAAUUGGGAUAUCAUUUUGGCUUGGUUUAACAAUAGUCUAAGGGGAAGAGGCUUCAAGCAAAGUGUGAAAAGAUUGGCAUUGGCAGCUUCUAUCUACUGCAUUUGGAAAGAAAGAAACAAUAGAAUUUUCAACCUGAAAUCCAGAAAUGUUGAUCAGGUUACCAGGGAUGUUAAGGAGGCAAUAUUGAUGCUAUUCUCAAUGGUUCAUUCUCAGAGGACAAUAAGCAGUGGUUAA